AUGUCUGCCGCCGUGGCUUCGGCAGUCUCAACAACGCUCCCAUCUAAUCCUACCGCGCAUUCUUCACCAAUGGAUGCGAAAAAGAACAGUGUCAAGAUGGAUAACGAGGCCUCAUCGGAGACCAAAGAGCAGAAGACGGAUGGCGAGCCCCAGACUUCAUUAGCACCUCCUUCACGGCCUAACCCAUCGGCUGCCACCGAUACCCCCGAUUACUUCAACUCAGUUCACAACCCUUUCGCUUUGGAGCCGAAUCCUUUUGAGCAAUCGUUCGGCGGGGGUUCCGGUGAGACCCCGGGGAAGUCGAUUCUUCCCCCUGUCGCUUCGAUCACAUCACCUGCUUUACCAGGCACUAGCUCCGCCGGCGGCGCAUACAACUGGUCUAAUUCCUUGCGCUCGGGUCCCCUGAGUCCUGCUAUGCUUGCGGGGCCUGCCGGGGGGAGUGACUACUUCGACAGUAUCGGAAGGGGCUUUCCGACGCCGAAUGAGUCCUCACUCCGCACUGGUUUGACGCCAGGUGGCGGAGGCUCCAUGUUCCCAGCACCAAGUCCCAACUCCCAAGCUUUGUUGAACCAGCUGCAGAACGGAGGCGCAACUCCGUCUACUAUUGAGUUCCAUCGCACAGCUCUGAAUGUAAAGAAGAACGGCAUUGCGCCUACAUCCAACCCAACCGGCGAAGGCGAUCAAGUACCACAGAACAUUACAACAACUAUGGAUAUAAAACCCGCACAGCCCGCCACAGUCGACUUUGGGCCGCAUGAUGCAGCAGACGCUGCUAAUGGACUGUUCAUGUUGGCCAAAGGUGGACAAUCGACGGCAAACCAGUUUGCUGCUGUUUCGAACCAGACGGCAAUUCCACCGCAAACACUUCAGACUAGCGAAAUUCUACAAGACCAGAAUGCCGCCCGACGCCAAUCGGUUAAUGUAAAUGGUGUAGCAAAUACGAGAGAGCCAAGUGGCGACGGGUCAGAACAAAGUGAACAGGCCAAACCUGCCCGAGGCAGGGGCAAGAGAAACACGUCUACGAAAGCUUCCAGUACAGGAAAUAGGCGCAAGACGGAUGAUUCCACUCAGGGAUCCAACAAGAGGACGAAGCUCAACAACGGUGCAGCCAGCACAGAAUCUCCUUCAGAGGGCGAAUCAGAAGAGGAAGAGCAGCAGCCCGCACAGAAAAAGAAGGCCGGCGACACCAAGAAGAUGACUGAUGAAGAGAAGAGAAAGAACUUCCUCGAACGAAAUAGGGUUGCGGCACUCAAAUGUCGACAACGGAAGAAGCAGUGGCUCGCCAAUCUCCAGGCCAAAGUCGAACUGUUUACGUCAGAGAAUGACGCGCUUACGACCACUGUUACUCAACUACGGGAGGAAAUUGUUAACUUGAAGACACUGUUACUUGCACACAAAGAUUGUCCGGUUUCACAGGCGCAGGGGCUUAUCUGGAACCCGAAUCCUCCAUACACUUGAAGGAAUAAUAUCACUUGACUAACUGGCGCAACGGUUUCUGUAUUUGGCUCGGGCGUACUGUAACAACUAGCAAAAGGUU